UUAAAAAAGUUCACUUUUUUUGGUAAACUCAUAGGAGUAAUUCUUAUGUCGCCAAGGAAACUCACGCCCAAAUCUUCUCCACUUUCAUGGUGAACUGUGAGUAACGAUAUGCCUAGAGCUUUUCACCAUCUCAUCUCAAUCCUCGCCGGCAGAAAAUAUUCCUAUUUCCUUAAAAUCGUGUUCUGGCAUUACAAUAGCUGGUAAUAUUUCAGUUACACAAAACUAUAACAUCUACUACCACAGCUAAUGCGUAAAAUUGUACGCCACAACGAAUACACAUAAAGAUAAGCUUUUUUCCAAAGUAAUUAAGACUCUAACCACUCCGCCUGCAGACUGUUUUCUGGUGAUUAUUGAUCUUCCUCUGCUCUUUUACACCCUCAAUUUCCGGUUUGUUCUGGGAACUUCAUUUCCUUAAUGCUUUGAUGGGUGCACCUAAGCUGAAGUGGACUCCUGAAGAAGAAGUUGCUCUUAGAGCUGGGGUCCUUAAAUAUGGGCCAGGCAAAUGGCGUACAAUUCUUAAGGAUCCAGAAUUUAGUGGAGUGUUGUAUCUGCGUUCAAAUGUAGAUCUCAAGGACAAGUGGAGAAAUAUGACUGUGAUGGCAAACGGCUGGGGUUCUCGAGAGAAAGCAAAGUUGGCCCUCAAAAGGAUGAUUCAGGCCCCUAUGCAGGAUGAGAGUUCUGCGGCUGUUACCUCGGCAGCUGACAGUGAUGCGGAAAUUCCUGAAGCAAGGCCAGCCACAACUUCUAGAGGCUCUCCGCAGCAUGGUGGUUCAAGAAGAUCUAUCCUAAGGUUGGAUAAUCUUAUAAUGGACGCUAUAAGCAACUUGAAUGAGCCAGGUGGUUCCUACCAGGCGACCAUUUCUACGUACAUAGAGGACCACUACUGGGAAACUCCAAACUUUAAAAGGCUACUCUCAGCAAAGCUGAAGUAUUUAACUGCAACUGGAAAACUCAUAAAGAUGAAGCGGAAGUAUAAAGUGGCACCUAAAUUGACAUUCUCCGACAGAAGAAGAAACCUCCCCCUUCCCCAACUGGAUAGCAGUCAGAGGAUCUGUUCUAAGGUUGAUCAGGAUGACAUAAACAUGCUAACUAGAUCUCAGAUAGAUUUAGAUUUAGAAAAGAUGAGGAAUAUGUCACCUCAAGAGGCAGCUGCUGCUGCUGCACAAGCAGUUGCAGAAGCAGACACAGCUAUAGCCGAAGCUGCGGAGGCUGCCAGGAAGGCUGAGGCUGCUGCAGCUGAAGCCGAAGCUGCACAAGCAUUUGCAGAAGCUGCAAUGAAAACACUACAAGAGAGAAGCAUCCCAAGGAUGCUUGUAAAUAUGGUAAAGAAGUUCGUGGGAAUGGAAUAAUCCCCAGCAUGUUGUUAGCACUGAGGUCUUUCUGAUGGUAGCAAUUUGUAUCUCAUUUUCACCCGGAGGAGGCUGACGAGCAGUUUCUGGUAGCUGGUGGAGUUCUCUGCAGACUGCGUGUUAUGGGUAGGAACCCAUUAAUAAUGUGGUAAGGGUGAUCAUGUUGUUCUUGAUGUUCUUGUUUUUGUUGGGUUGAGCUUUUGUUACUAAAUACUUGCCCGUUGAAAAGAGUAUAGAGGACUUUGAUUGACAAAGUUUGGUUGACAGUUUGAGAGUUGUAUAGUUUGUCUCCUGUGUUUGCCUCUUAAUCUCACGGUAUACCUACAAAAUUUGUAAUUGUACAUAACAAUAUCAUUGGAAGUUAUCUCGAAUUGUAGAGCUUCUUUCCUCAUUAUACCAAGAUCACUGUUUCCUCAUGCUUA